CUACUGCCGCGGGAGAGAGGGCGAGAGCGAGCCGGCGCGGGUCCCGGAAGAGAGCGCAGCCGCCGGACGCUCGGCUCCCGUCCCGGUCCAGGCCAGGGGCGCGCGGCGAUGUGAGCCAUGAGUGCGACGUGGACGCUGUCCCCCGAGCCGCUGCCGCCCUCGACGGGGCCCCCGGUGGGCGCGGGUCUGGACGCGGAGCAGCGCACGGUGUUCGCCUUCGUACUCUGCCUGCUCGUGGUGCUGGUGCUGCUGAUGGUGCGCUGCGUGCGCAUCCUGCUCGACCCCUACAGCCGCAUGCCCGCCUCGUCCUGGACCGACCACAAGGAGGCGCUCGAGCGCGGGCAGUUCGACUACGCGCUGGUCUGAGCCGAGCGGGGCUCCUCUCCGAGGCCCGACCCGACGGGGGCGCCGCCUGGCCGGGAUGGCGCUCAGGAUCCCACCCCAGAUCCUAGCCCGAGGCGGGAGGGCGUUAGAAGUCCAGCUCCUCCCCCUCAGAUCCCUCCCAUCUUUCCUCCCGGCCUGGCCGGAGCCCCACUUCGUGCCUUUAUCCUGCCCCGUCCUUGCUCCAUGACACCCGCCCGGCUGGUCCCCGACUGGGAAGAGGACCCCUCCCCCACCCCAAGGCGUAUGGGUGGCUCCGCUAUUGCCCUGCCGCCGAGCAUGAGUGUCUUGUCCAUUCCUGGAUGCGGGGAACCCCCGGGCCCCCCCCCCCCCCCGUGGUCUGGCCUUCCAAACUCCAACCCCAACCCGACCCCGACUCUCCUUAAGUGUUGAGCUCUCCUGGGCCCGUCUGCCCUGCGCGGCCUGCCCCGGAGACCGACACCGACACCUGUCGGCAACAGCGGCUGCUGUGUCCAGGAUGCGCGGCGCCUUUGGUGGGAGGAGAGAGCGGGCAGGUUCUUUCCCGCUGCAGCCCGGGCCGCGGGACAGGUCAGCGCCCCUCCCUCAGUCACCACCUCUGCCACGCAUUGGCGCUCCUGCCACUUCCCCCGGCUCCCUUCUGCCACCCCUGCCAUGGCCUUUCCCAUGCCUUCUCCCUCCUCCCAGCCCCUGAGCCAUUGGUGAAAAUAAAAGCUAUUAUUGAGCGCUUACUACAUGCCAA